AGGGGGAGCUGUGGGGUUUGGGGGCACUGGGGGAGAGCGGGUGUGGGGUGUCAGGGCUGUGGAGAGGGGACACUGAGGGGUAACGGGCACUGGGACGUGGGGAGGGAGAGCUGUGGGGGCUGGGGGUAGGAAGGAAGAGACAGCAGGCAUUGGGACUCUGAGGAGUCCUGGGGGCUUGGAGGUGGUAAGAAUGGGACACUGAGGAGUCAGGAGGCAUUGAGACAUGAGGAGGGAUAGCUCUGGGGCUUGGGGAUAGCAAGAAGGGGACACUGAGGGGACAGAAGGCAUUGGGGCAUGGGGAGAGAUGCUGUGGGGAUUGGGGAUAGGAAGGAUGGCACAGCAGGCAUUGGGAUUCUGAGGAGUCCUGGUGGCUUGGGGAUGGCAAGAAGGGGACACUGAGGGGACAGAAGGCAUUGGGACAUGGGGAGAGAUCCUGUGGGGCUUGGGCGUAGCAGGCAUUGGAUUCUGAGGAGUCCUGGGGGCUUGGGGACACCAUGGCGGCACCAAGAAGGGGAAACUGAGGGGACAGUGGGCACUGGGACAUGGGGAGAGGUGCUCUAGGGAUUGGGGACAACAGGGAAGGGACAGCAGGCAAUGGGAUACUAAGGAGUCCUGGCGGCUUGGGGGUGGUGAGAAUGGGACACUGAGAAGUCAGAAGGCAUUGAGACAUUGGGGAGGGAUAGCUCUGGGGCUUGGGGAUAGCAAGAAGGGGACAUUGAGGGGACAGGAGGCACUGGGACAUGGGGAGGGAUAGCUCUGGGGAUUGGGGGUAGCAGGGAAGGCACAGCAGGGACUGGGACUCCGAGGAGUCCUGGUGGCACCAAAAAAGGGAUAUUGAAGGGACAGAAGGCAUUGGGAUACUGGAGUGAGGUGGCCCUGAGACUUGGGAGCACUACUGGAUACUGGGGAGUCCUGGGGACAGUGAUGGGGAUGCCAUGGAGGGGGAGAUGAAUGCUGGGACACUGAAGACAAGGAGGCUUGGGGACACUGAGGAGGGGACAGUGAAAGACAGUGGGCAUGGGGACACCAGGGGAGAGAUAUAGGAAUGUUCUGGGGCAUGGGGACACCACAGGGGGGCCCUGGGAAAGGAGACACCAGGGGACUGUGAGUAUGGGGACACCAAGGGACUGUGGGCACAAAGGGAAGGGAAGGGGUCACUUUAGUGAUGUGUAGAGCCCUGAGCACAGAGUGAGGAGACGUGGGGGUGACAGGGCACAGGAGGGGACCCCUGAGGUGGGCAUUGGGCGUGGGGAUGUAGAAGGGGACACCCAACGAGAUGUGGGAUGUGCUGGGCCCUUUUAGGCAGUCUGAGCAUCCCUGGAGUGACUGGGAUGCUGGAAAGGAGAGGGCUUGAGUGUCUGGGGACACUUGGGUUGCCCCGAGAAAGAAAGGUAGAAAGAAACCUGCCUCCCCUGUGGGGGUAGCAGAGAAAAACAGCUGGAGUCAGCAGGUUGUAGUCAUGAGGAAAGAAAAAGCUGGCAUGUGAGGGCUGCCUGUGUCACCCGGAGCAACCCCGUCCUGUCCCCACCCCUCGUGCUAACGAGCAGCCUCUUGUGUUGAUCAACAGAAGUGCAAUCGUCACACCAGCUCAUCCUCUUUGGGCUCAGCAACCAGAUGGUGGUGACCUUCAAGGAGGAGAACACCAUCGCCUUCAAGCACCUCUUCCUGAAGGACUACGUGGACGGCGCCGACGACUCCUAUGCUGUCUACACCCAACACGACCUCUAUGACCGCGUGUUUUAUGCUGUGGACAAGUACUUGGCCAUUCCCAACGAGACCAUCGGUCGCUACGCCUACGUGCGAGGGCAGAGUGGAGGCAACCAGUCGGCCCUCAUGCUGUGCCAGCAGUACUAUCGCAGAGGGCGCAUUGAUCCAGCCAAUGACACCUUCAACAUCGACCCCAAGAUUGUCACAGACUGCCUGGGAGUGGACCCCGAGGACUCACAUCCUCUGCCCCCAGAGCUGGACCGCAGCUACAAGAACUUCACCUUCAAAUUUCACAAGCUCAUCAACGUCACCAUCCAAUUCAAGCUGAAAGCCAUCAACAUCCAGACCAUCAUCAACAACGAAAUCCCAGACUGCUACACCUUCACCAUCACCAUCACGUUUGACAACAAGGCACACAGCGGCCGGGUGAAAAUCCACCUCAACAACCGGGCUGACAUCAAGGAGUGCAAAGGCCACAGCGUCUUUGGCCGAGGUGACAACUCCUUCCGGCUCUUCUUUGACGUUGUCGUGAUCGUCGUCUGCUCGCUCUCCUUCAUCCUCUGUGCCCGUUCCAUCAUCAGGGGCCUGAUGCUGCAGCACGAAUUCAGUCAGUUCUUCCAGCGCCGCUACAACCAGAGCGUGUGCCUGUCAGACAGAAUGGAGUUCCUCAAUGGCUGGUACAUCCUGCUGGUCAUCAGCGAUGUCCUCACCGUGCUGGGAACCAUCAUGAAGAUCGGCAUUGAGUCCAAGAACUUUGCUGAUUACGACGUCUGCAGCAUCCUCCUGGGCACCUCCACGCUGCUGGUCUGGGUCGGGGUCAUUCGCUACCUCACCUUCUUCCAAAAGUACAACAUCCUCAUCGUCACGCUGAGGGUGGCCCUCCCUAACGUCAUCCGCUUCUGCUGCUGCGUGGCUGUCAUCUACCUGGGCUACUGCUUCUGUGGAUGGAUCGUGCUGGGACCAUACCAUGUCAAGUUCCGCUCCCUUUCCAUGGUGUCUGAAUGCCUCUUCUCUCUCAUCAACGGGGACGACAUGUUCAUCACCUUCGCCGAGAUGCAGCAGAACAGUUACCUGGUGUGGCUCUUCAGCCAGAUCUACCUGUACACCUUCAUCAGCCUCUUCAUCUACAUGGUCCUCAGCCUCUUCAUCGCCCUCAUCACCGGAUCCUACGAGACCAUCAAGCACCAAUGUGAGGGUGAAACACCCAUGUCCCAGCUCCACGCCUACAUUGCAGAGUGCAAGGACAGCCCCAAGUCGGGCAAGUACCGUCGUGACAGCGCCUCGACCUGCUCUGUAUUCUGCUGCUGUGAACGGGCUCCUCUGCAGGACAACACGAUGCUGGUGAACUGAGGGAGGAUCCCAGCACUCGAGGUGCCCCAUGCUCCUGCUGCCUGCACACCCUCUAAUUUAUUUUAUCGUCUGCUUUUAAUGACUCGGGGUUCAGCACCGGCCCCAAAGGAGCAAGAAGAGAUGGACACCCCCCAGCCAAUGGGGUGCACAGAUGGAUGCCUGUCCUGUUGUUUUUUUUUUUUCCCCUCGAUGGACGCUGUGCCUCUAUGCUCCGAAUGCUGAACUACAGCCUGGCAGCAACUCGGGAGCUGAGCUGCAGCCCCUCAGCUGUAUUUUGGGGGCUUUGGGAGCUCAGCCCUGCUUCUGUUGCACCGAGGACUUGGCUGAUGCUUCAUCCUGAAGCCCUGCAGCCCCUCAGCUGUGUCCUGGACUCAUCCCUGCCCUCGCUACCCAGUCCAGUUGCCAUUGGACCACAUCCUGAACUUGCCAUGUCCUAGCCCUGCAGUGCCCUGGGGACACAUCUUGGCCUUUGUCCUGCAGCUCCACAGCCCCUUGGCUGCCCUCAAGACUUAUCCUCACCCUUACCCUGCAGCCCAGCUUCCUGUUGGCUGAAUCAGGGAUGUGUCUGGGGCUUUACCACCGAGCCCUGCAGCCUCUCAGCCACUUUCAGCCCCUUGGAAAUAAGUACAGAGACAAGCCCUGAGCCAGCUGCUGCCAUCAGGUUCCCCUUUGGGCCCACAGGCAGGAGCCCAGAGCCCCUUUGGCUGCACUGGGGUGGUAUCCCUCUCUCCAUCCCCCAUCCCCGCAACCGUUUUAGGGGCUGUUGAGACACAAAGGGCUGCAGAAAUGUGUCUUAUGCCUCUGUCCCAUCCCAACCACAGGCCCGGGAGUCAGGCCGUGUCCUCCUGCCCUCCCUGGAGGUUGUGCUGUUGGCACAGGGCUGCGUGUUUACAGCCUAAGCUGAGGGAAGCUUUUUGUCCUUGGGGGAGAGGAAGGGGGAGGGGAAGGCAGCUGCUCUGUGCUGGAGUGCAGCCAACAGCUGCUGGUUCCAGGCACGGCUUUUGUGCUGAGAAAGGCUGUGAAAUCGCUGCAGAUGCCGUGGGGAAACUUGUGUUCAUUUGUGGAGCAAGUUGUGGCUGUUCUCAGCCUGUGGGGGGGGGGGAAUAAAGCAGCUGAGGGGAAACGGUGCUUCUGUGCUCUGUGGGGC